AUGAAUUGUUUAGUAUUAUUAUUUAUUGUUUUUAUUUUUUUUCCUAUUGAAAAUAUUUUAUCAUUUCCAACACCAAUUCAUCGUUCUGCUAAGUCUACAUUAUGUUCACCAAAUGCAUGUAUAACUGAACCUGCUUUUUGUUUAUGUGGUUUUGAAGAAAGUUCAAAUGAUUCAUGUUGUAAAUUUGAAUGUAAACUUUGUCCAAUUAAUUUUACUAUUCCAUCAAUAACAUUUGAAAUUGGUCCAUUAAACUUUUUUCCAUUGAAUUCAUUCAAUUUUAGUGGAUUAAAUUUUUCAUUUCUUGGUUGA